GCAAUUCAUUUGAAGUAUUGGUGGCUGCCGGUAGUGUUUGACGCCAAGUUCUGAAAGUUGGUGGACGGGUGGUCCUCAAACUAAGUCUCAUUGCAGCUCACAAACACAGCACAGAAUUCAGCCGGUGUUGCUCAACUGUCACAGCGUCAGAGGCGACGGCGCAGGGGGACCGAGCGCGGUGCAUCCCUUAACGUGCGGAUGAGCGCUGGGAAGAGGUUGCUUGCUACAAUCCAGAAUGGUUCAUUCUUGCAAACAGCCCCUGCACAUGGUGCUGUGAUGCCACCAGGAGCUCCAAAUCCCACGUGGACUUGAUGUUUGCAGGGGGCUGGGGAACGUCAGUGGAUUCCCCCGGAGCACAAGGAUCUUGGAGGGGUUCGCGGAGGGCGAGGAGUUCGUCGGAAGCAGUUGUUUGCUGGCUGAAGGCUGAAUGAGGCGUUUUGGUUUAGCGUGCAUGGGAGCAUGCAUGCGGGGAGGAGCGCCCAGAUGGAAGAAAAACGACGCAAGUACUCCAUCAGCAGUGAUAACUCAGACACCACUGACAGUCACACCACGUCCGCCUCCAGAUGCUCCAAAAUUCCGAAUACCAAAUCCGCCUGGUCACGGCAGAAGGAGAAGAAGCCCUCUGAGGUUUUCCGUACGGAUCUGAUAACGGCCAUGAAGAUCCCUGACUCCUUCCAGCUGAGCCCUGACGAGUACUACGUCCUGGCCGAUCCCUGGAGGCAGGAGUGGGAGAAGGGUGUCCAGGUGCCGGCGAGCGCUGAGGCCAUUCCCGAGCCUGUGGUCAGGAUCAUACCCCAGCUGGAGAACUCACCGUCACAGGUUUCACCGAGUAGCCUGCCUGGCUCUGAGAUUUCAGAAGCUACGAGGACUUACUUGCAAGGAGUAAGCCGCUAUGACCUGGACGAACUCGAUGCUUGCUGGUUGGAACUUGUUAAUAUGGAGCUCAAGGAGAUGGAAAAGCCCGAGCUGGACGAGAUCACCCUGGAGCGAGUGCUGGAGGAGCUGGAGACCAUGUGCUACGAGAACAUGAACAUCGCCAUCGAAACGGAGGAAGGCUUGGGCAUCGAGUACGACGAGGACGUGGUGUGCGACGUCUGCCGCUCGCCGGAGGGAGAGGACGGCAACGAGAUGGUGUUCUGCGACAAGUGCAACGUCUGCGUGCACCAGGCGUGCUACGGCAUCCUGAAGGUCCCCAUCGGGAGCUGGCUGUGCCGGACCUGCGCCCUCGGGGUUCAGCCAAAGUGUCUACUGUGCCCGAAGAGAGGGGGAGCGCUGAAGCCCACCCGGAGCGGGACGAAAUGGGUCCACGUUAGCUGUGCCUUAUGGAUACCUGAAGUUAGCAUUGGAUGUCCUGAAAAAAUGGAACCCAUUACGAAGAUCUCACACAUCCCAGCAAGCAGAUGGGCUUUGUCCUGCAGCCUCUGCAAGGAGUGCACUGGGACAUGUAUUCAGUGCUCCAUGCCCGCCUGCGUCACUGCGUUCCACGUCACCUGCGCCUUCGACCACAACCUCGACAUGCGGACUAUUCUAGCAGACAACGACGAAGUGAAGUUCAAGUCCUUCUGCCUUGAGCACAGCACUGGUGCCACCAAGUUGCCUGAGGAGGCACGGACAGAGCCUGACCAAGCCCAGCUGGACUUGGAGAAGGUCACGCUGCGGAAGCAGAAGCUCCAGCAGCUGGAGGAGGACUUCUAUGAACUUGUGAAGCCUUCGGAGGUGGCGGAGAACCUUGACUUAAGCGAAUCGCUGGUGGAUUUUGUAUACCAGUACUGGAAGCUGAAGAGGAAAGCAAAUUCCAACAAACCGCUUCUGACACCAAAAACUGAUGAAGUGGACAACUUGGCCCAGCAAGAACAGGACGUUCUCUACCGACGCUUAAAGCUCUUCAUGCACCUCAGGCAAGACCUGGAGAGGGUUAGAAAUCUCUGUUACAUGGUGACGAGACGGGAGAAAAUGAAACACACCAUUUGUAAACUCCAGGAGCAGAUCUUCCAUCUCCAGAUGAAGCUUAUUGAGAAAGAUCUUUAUCCAGAACAAACUGGGAAGAAGACAAAGGGUAAGAAAAGUGACCCGAGAAGGAAAGGAAGAGAUGGUAGAAAAAAUAGUCCCGAGAAGAAAGAGAAAAGGAAAUCAGUCAACGAAACUGUAUUGGGACAACUGGGCUUGUCAACUUCCUUCCCCAUCGACGGGACCUUCUUCAACAGCUGGUUGGCGCAGUCGGUCCAGAUCACCGCCGAGAACAUGGCAAUGAGCGAGUGGUCCCUCAACAACGCCCACCACGAGGACAGCACCCCUGGCCUCUCCGAGGAGCUCCUCCAGGACGAGGAGACCUUGCUGAGCUUCAUGAUGGACCAUUCCCUCAGGUCCCCGUUCAAGCAGAGCGAGGCCACAAAGAAAGUGAAAAGCAAAACGAGAACGAACACUAAGAAAAAGCUGCCCAGGAGCAGCCCCCCCGCCGUGGGUGGGAGCCACCCGGAGAGCUCGGAGCCCUGGACUAACAACGCCAGCGACUUGUCGGAUGACGCCGCCAAGCCCUUCGCUCCGGAUUCCAGACCGAGCAAGUCGGAGAAAGGGGCGGCGAAGCUUCCCGCCGACCGCAAAGGGACGGGCGAGGCGAAAAAGGCAGCCAAGAAGGGCUCUCUCCCGAAAGCCGGUGAGCCUCACCCCCCGGCUGGGGCGAGGGGCUGCGUCAGCAAGGAGGAGGAGGAGGAGGAGACGCCACGCUGCGCUCAGCCGGAGCCCAGCCCCGCGGCCAAAGUGCCUGACUCCAUAGGUAGCCCCAAAACCGUCAUGCGGUUCAAAUUACCAAAGGAGAGCCGAGGGACUCGGAGGUCGCAGCCCCCCAAGCCCGACGGCGCCGGCGGAGCUCCCUUGCGUCGUUUCGACGCCGAGACGGACGGCUACUUCUCCGAUGCAGAGAUGAGCGACUCGGACGGGGAGUCGCGGCGGCAGGGCGCAGCGGGGCCAGCUGGAUGCGGCCGGCGAGGACAUCGUCAGGAUGAGCAUCCUGGCAUCCUAACUCCUCCCGACCGUGCCGGCUCGACGAGGCCUCAACCCAGUUACAACUGCCAUGUCCAAUUUCUGCCUGCUAUCAUAGCAAGGGGGAUUUUUAAUAUGUGUAUAUAGUUGGAAAUUCGGCACUGUUGUCUUUCUCUUCUCUAUACGCCUGAGAUACAGCUUCAGCUUCACCGACAUCGAUGACCGUGACAGUAGUGGUCCCUCCCCGGCUCCCUGCCAGACCCCACUUCCCGGGAACACGAGCUGGCGCCCGGCGGGACCGAUGCCGAGGGUGCCGAGAGGGCGGAGGGUGCCGGUAGCUGUGCUUUCUGCAGGGAUGACAGUUUAAUUAAUGGGCAUUAUUUAACGAGGGGCAGAUUUCUGCCCAGGACGGUUGCCCCCAGAGCAGGGAGCGAGUGGAGAGUAUGGUAGCGGCCAGCUGCGGGAGGGGAAAUAACCCGCCUGUGUGCGCGUAUACGAGGGAGCAAAAUAAGCGAUACUAAAAUAAAUAAUGACUAAAGCACAAAAAGCUUGUUGGAGGAAAGCGCUUGGGGUGGAAGAGAGCAACGUUGCGUUUCUAUUUUUAGAAAAUAAAACCUCGGUCAUUAUUUUUCCCCUCACCUUUCCAUCUGGUUGAGAUCCGUCCAGGGACCAGGAUGCAAAAUUUCUCCCUGUCCCUGCCCCGUGGGUCGGCCCCGUUGAGGUCGUUAGAAAAACUGAAGUGAUUUACUCAGGUGAAUUGAUCAGCUCUUAGCAAGCUGGAAAAUGGAAAUGUGGGGCAGGAUGGAGGAGAAAAGCACCCUUUAAAAACACCGUGGGGAGUCGGGGUUGGUUUAACCCGGGAGGCUGAGCGAAGUUUUCCUGCCCGUGCUUCUCUCCGAUGGCUGCCGUGGUCCCACCGUGCCGGGGCGGCACGUUUGAAAUCCCCUUUGCACAACGAAACGCUUGGCCCCGAGGCCAAACGUACCGUCACCGAGGGGAAAUGGAAACGCUUGCCUUCACCAUUUUGUUUUCCUACUAAACGCUACAAUGGAAAUGGUGAAUUAUUCCUCCCCCACCUUUUUUUUUUUUUUUUUUUUUUUUUUUAUUCCUUGAAUCCUGGUUACAAGCUGUUGACUCGUUGUGGGAGGGUGAUUCACAGAAGCUGACAUUAUAAAUAUUACAAUAAUUUAAUGCAUAAAAUGUCCCCAAUAAGCCUUAAAUGUUGUUUAAAAGCCCAUGUUACCUACAAGUCAGGCGAAUUUCCAUGUUUGCACUUAAUUGCACCAUUACUUCGGUUUUGGCUUCAAAGGUCACAGUUAAGUCGUGCUACGUGUUUUAUUGGAGUGACCCCAGUGUGAGCUCAGGGAACAAAAAAAAAAAAAAAGGAAUUCACUGAAACUUUUGUUGUUGUUGUUUUUUAAAAAUAAAAAAUGUUUUAAAAAAACUUAAAAAAAAAAAAAUACCAAACCUGGGACACUUCUGCAACCGGUUAAACCCAUCACUAAACAAAAAAACCUUGCAAUUGUCAAACCAAUCAGUCAAAUAAUUUUGUGGAUGCCAAAGAAUAUUUUGACAGUCAAGCAGCACAGCCAGAAACCGGAAACUUGUCAUUAUGAAAAAAUUGGAAGUUAUUUAGCAACAAAGGACUAAAGACACACUCAUAACACACUGCUGCGGCGUUAGGUUCCAAGCUUGCUCCGAGGGAUGCUGCUGCUCCGAGACUGCAUCCUGCCGUUUUGAUUUCCGAUGCUUUUUGCUCAUUUCACUGUGAGCUUUCUUUUGAAACUCUGAGACUCCUUCAAUUGAUGUUUUAGAGUAGAUCAUCUUUAUCAGCCUUCCAAAGUCCUUAUUAUUGAUAAAAUUGCAGCAAAGAUAAGCGAUGACAGCCUAGCUCAUCCCAGGCAUGGCGAGCGUCAGGGGCUUCAGGUCGGAUGCCGAGCGCCUGCACCCAGCCCUGGCUAAGCCCAACACUAACCCGGCUGAGACUGACCGUGCCUGGGGAGGAAUCUUCCUCAGAUGGGAAAAAACGUUACGCGAGUUAUUAGCAGGAAAAAAAAAA